GUGUGAAGAGAGCGAGGGUGGCGGAGGAGGCAGCGAGGAGGGUCGACAGUGACCGCGUGGUGACGGCGUGAGGCGGCGACCACCUCCCUUGCCGCUCCACAUUUAACAAAUAUGCUCGUCUUAUUUGAGACCGCGGCGGGCUUCGCUAUUUUUAAGCUUUUGGACGAAAAGAAAUUGCACAAGGUGGAAAAUCUCUUUGAAGAUUUUGAGACUCCUGAGCAAGCCAGUAAAAUUGUUCAGCUUCAAGAAUUCAAGAAAUUUACUGAUUCAGCUGAUGCUCUGCAAGCAGGAGUAGCACUGAAUGAGGGUAAAAUAUGUAAACCAUUGAAGAAACUCCUAAAGAAGGUGUUUUCAGAGGUAUCACACGAGCAGCUGAUGGUAUGGGAUGCUAAACUUGGAAAUUCCAUCAAGGACAAACUAGGUGUGCAGUGUGUGAGCAACAACAGUGUGAGUGAAUUGAUGAGAUGUAUUAAGUCCCAAGUGGAAGGUCUCAUUCCUGGGUUGCAGGAGAAGGAACUGGCUGCUAUGUCACUGGGUCUUGGUCACAAUCUGGCACGAUACAAGCUCAAGUUUUCUCCGGAUAAAGUGGACACCAUGAUAGUGCAAGCCAUAUCCCUUCUUGAUGACAUUGAUAAGGAAUUGAAUAACUAUAUUAUGAGAGCACGAGAAUGGUAUGGCUGGCAUUUCCCAGAGCUUGGUAAGAUUAUCACUGAUAAUCGGGCCUAUAUCCGUGCUGUUAUGGCAAUGGGCACCAGAGACAAAGCUGUAAAUACAGACUUCUCUGAAAUAUUGCCUGAGGAAAUAGAGGAAAAAGUGAAAGAAGCAGCUGAAGUCUCGAUGGGUACUGAAGUUGCAGAAGAAGAUAUUUUAAAUAUAAAAAAUUUGUGUGAACAGGUGCUCGAGUUAACGGAAUAUCGUGCUCAACUUUAUGAGUAUCUAAAAAACCGAAUGGUGGCUAUUGCCCCUAAUGUCACCAUCCUGGUUGGUGAGCUAGUGGGUGCUCGUCUGAUAGCUCAUGCUGGCUCUCUGAUCAAUCUGGCCAAGCACCCAGCUUCCACCAUCCAGAUCCUGGGUGCAGAGAAAGCACUUUUCAGGGCAUUAAAAUCUAGACAUGCCACACCAAAAUAUGGUCUCCUGUACCAUGCCCAACUAGUUUCACAAACUAGUCUUAAAAAUAAGGGUAAGAUGUCUCGUAUGUUGGCUGCUAAAGCAGCACUCGCUUGUCGUUAUGAUGCGCUUGGAGAAGAAACUACGACAGACAUGGGUAUCGACAACAGAUCCAAAUUGGCGUCAAGAAUAGCAAUGUUGGAAAGCGGAUUCACUCGCAAGAUCUCUGGAACUGGGAAGGCUCAGGCAAGGCAGGCAAAAUAUGAAGGUGUAAGUGAGGUGAAAGAGUAUUCUGCUGCAGCGGAUUCAACAUUAGAGAGCUCGAGCAAGCGUAAGAUUGAUGAUUCAUAUGAGCUACAACCACCGAAGAAACUUAAAAUAGAAAUUGUGGAAGAGCAGCCAGAAACCUCACAGACUAGUAGUGGGAAGAAGAAAAAGAAAAAGAAACUACAGGUAGAAGUCAAAGAAGAAUCUGAGGAACCAGAAGUCAAGGAAGAGACUAUGGAUGUAGAGUCAUCAGAAAAGAAAAAGAAGAAAAAGAAAAAGAAGAAAGAGGCAGUAGAGAAUGAAUAAUUAGGAAAAUUAAUUAUACAAGAGCUUAUAGCUGUGUUUCUGGACACUUAUAAUGUCUAUUAUAAUUUUUUAUAUGAAUUGUUUUUAUUUUUAAGUUAGGAGAUAAGGCAGCAUGCUGAAGUAAUCAUGUAAAUACUGUGUGCAAUACAUGAAUGGUAGAUUGUGGGGAGAAAAUGGUUUGUGACUGAGCAUCAGCGUAUAAAGACCAUACAUUACACACAAGUCAAGUCUAUUUUCGGAGUACUUAAGCUUUUGUCGACCUAAUAUGUAUGUCUUAUGUAUUCCUAAAUCUCCAAUAAAUUUUUCAUCCAAC